AUGCAUGUAUACAACCAAAAUCGAUUUUCAGAUAUUAUUAGAAAUUUAAAUCCAAGACUCGCCAAUUUGAACACUGUCCGGGCCGAUCUCAAAACUAAUUCGAGACCUACGGUGCAGGCCUUCCCUCGAGUAUUCCACGUGACCGGUUUGAUGUUAUUUGUUGAAAAAAAAAAGUUCGCCUGUGUACGACAUCGCCACCGGCCAUAUGAUUCCACUUCGUUCGUUACCAAAAUCGUAGUGAUCGAACGACUUUCAGAUUUUCGAACGUUUAGAACCGGCCGUAUGCGCACGGUGGCCCAAUGA